UCGGCCAAGUCCACAACUAUUUGUCCACUAUGGAGAAGUCAGCCAUGGACAUUGAGAGGGCCUCCCCUAUCCCCUGGGACACAGACAGCCAGAAGAAGGACGUUCAGCUGCGGGUGAUCCCGUCGGAGCUGAAGUUCCUGAACACGGUGGCUGGGAAAGUUUACCGCCUCCCGGUUACUGUACACAAUCUCGGCCGUUGGAACCAGAAGAUAAGGUUUCAAGAGCCAAUUAAACCACAGUUCAAACUGAUAUUGACCAAUCUGGAUAAGGCACUUGCUUCUGGUCUUCAUAUGACAGCUAUGGUGGAAUAUCAUCCUGAUAAAGAUGAAAAUACAUUCGACCAACUACAUAUUUCAAUAGGAAAUAAAGUAAUAGAAGUUCCUCUAAUAGGGAUGAUUCCAUCUUGUGAAUUGGAAGUUGCAUCAUUAGUUGAUUUUGGCACAAUAGUUGCCAAUAGUAAAGUGUAUUUUAAAGAGAUUAGAAUUAUUAACCAUGGCAAAGCUCCAGGUAUAUUUAAAACAGACUACCAGGGCCAACUACCCAUCCUCAUGUCUCCAGCUAGUGGUGUUGUGGAGGCUAAGUCAUCAAUGAUUCUCAGAGUGAAUUUCUGUGCAGACCAGCCCAGAAUUGUAAAUGAAGUGGCAAAAGUGAGUUUGCAAGGACGUCCUGAUAUACACUUCAGUAUCAAAGCUCAUGUAGUUGAACAGAUUAUUGAAUUGUUUAACAUGAACAGUGAUAAAAAGUUGGAAUGCAUACGCUUUGGUUCUGUUUUCUUUGGAACAUCAAAAAUUGAACAGGCAGUUCUAUAUAAUAAUAGCCCAGAAUCCAUAAAUUGGGUGGCAAUAAUUCAAGAUGAUUCUGUUGGAGAAGAAAUGGGUACAAAUAUUCGACAAAGAACAGAUGUUGCUUUAAAUAAUCUCACCUACUUAAACAAAAUAAAGAAUAUAGAUAUUACCAAUUUUAUCUUCUGUGUCCCGAAUGAAGGGACUUUACUACCUUAUCAAAAGGUUAUAAUUACAUUUUGUUUCAGCCCAAAGCUAGUAACUGACGGUAAAAAAGAUAUUGACGCUUCACACAGGCAAGACUAUGCUGUCUUUUUGAGAUUUGAAUCUGUAGGAAGUAAAGAUGGAUUUUUGAGAGAUGAUAACUAUAAAACCAUCAAAAGUGAUCAAUUUCAGAAAGUGGAAUUGGCACUGACAGGCUCAGGACUUCCUGUCUUAUUACAUUUUGAUCCAGGAAAAGUCCUUAAUUUUACACCUUGUUUCGUGGGUGAACGUUCAGACAUUCUGUGCAUUGUACAAAAUCGAUCUAAAUCCCUUCCUGUGACAUACCGUUUUCAAAAAACUGCACAUUUUAAAAUUGAUCCUGAAAAGGGCAAGAUAGAUGAAGGAUGUAUCCAGAAUGUGAUGUGCUCAUUUAUUCCACAUCAAAUUGGAAAGUUUAAAGUGAAGCAGGUGAUAGAUAUUAUUGGCCCAGUGGCAGAUGAAAAUUUGCAGUCUUCAUCAAUGAAACCGUUUUAUCACAUAUAUUUAGAAUUCAAUAGCAUCUGCAAACCUUUCACUAAGAAAGUUGUGAUGAAAAUUAAUCCUGGUAUAUCUCCUUUGAUCACUAAUCCCAUCGGACAUUUUGUGGUCAGUGAUUUGGAAAAUUAUAAGGUCCAGGCACCUGUAGCAAUGCUUCAAUCAGCCAUGACACACAUUCAUGAUCAUCGAACAAAUGAGGAAUCAAUGAAGGAUGCACUAAUAGCCUUUCCUAAUGACCGAGCUGCAAGUAUCAGGUCUGAAGACAACCGUAAACAUUUCAGGACAAUUUUCACAAAGAUUCCAAGACAUACUUAUGUGGAUCCUGAUUUUGCAUAUACUGACUUUGAAAAACUCGAAAAGAAAGCACAUCAAAAUUACUAUGACAAUUAUAUUAAAUAUUUAAGAAGUGUACGCCUACAGAAAGAAGAGAGGAAAUGCAUAUAUUCAUAUGACUAUACAGACAUAGGCAUAGAGCCAGCAUCAGGUCUAAAGCCACCCUCACUCUCAGAAGUGGAAAUAGAAGAGUCCCAAUCUUCAGCUGAGUGUCUGAUCAAAGCUAAUCAAUUGUUAAGUACCAAGAAAAUAGCAUCCAAGGAAAUGGAAUCCCUGGAAAGAAAGGUUCUCAAAGAACUUAAGGCAUACCCAUCCACUCUCCAUGAAAAACAUGAUUGCAGCUUAAUAUUGACACCAAAGCAAAUUCAUCAAGUAAUUGUUGGGCCCUCUGUCCUUAACUUUGGUGACGUUUCUGUGAACUCUACAAAUACUCAUUUAUUACAUGUCAUUAAUAUGCUACCUAUGUAUAUUUUGAUCAAGUUAGAUACUAAUUUGGAAGAACUUCAGAAAACCAAACAGUUAUCAUAUGUGAUUCCACCUACAUCUAAUACUUAUAUUUCAAUGAUAUUUGAAUCUCCUACAACUGGAAAAUUUUGGAAAUCGUUUACCUUUACAGUGAACAGCGUACCUGGAGGGCAUAUCUUAGUGAUGGCAAAUAUCAUGCCAGUAACACUUGAGCUAUCGCUUAAGGAAUUAGUAUUGAGACCACAAAGCUUCUUGAUGAAAACAUGUUUUCGGGGAACAGUUAGAUUGUAUAAUCGUCAGAAUCGUUCUGCCCAAUUUGGAUGGCAACCAGUAAACACAAUAAAAGGGAUGGCAUUUUCCAUUCGCCCAGCUACAGGCACUGUUGAAGCAUAUUCAUCACUGGAAUGUGAAGUAAUGUGGCAGCCAAGUUUCAAUUCUCCAGAAAAGGGGGAUUUUAUUCUUAAUGUCUCUGAAGGAAACACAUUGACACUAAAAUGUGUUGCACAUAUUGGUCACACCAAGGUUGUAUUUUUGGAGCCAAGAAUACUGUUCAGUAAUAGUCCUCAAGGCUUAACAACUUGGAGGAAAGCCAUAUUACACAAUGUAGGAAAAAACCAUGCUUACUUCAAGGUUUGUGACCAGAGUCUUUUGCCCACCAUUAAGAUUAUUCCAUCAAAAGGAAUAAUUCCAUUUGGAGGGAUAACUAUUCUUAAUAUCUCCUAUACACCCGCUGUGGCAGAAAAAUUUGAUACAAAAGCAAAGGUUGCUAUUCGCCAUGCAAAUAUCAUAGACCUUAGGAUUGGUGGAUCUGUUGAGAUUGCUAAUAUUGAAAUAAAGCCGAAUGUAUUUAAUUUCAAUGGCACUUAUGUUGGUGCUACCCAAAUUAUUCCCUUUGUAAUAAAAAACAAAGGUAUAACACGUGCCAUAGUGGACUUUGAUUUUAAAAACUUUCCAGAUUUUUCAAUGGAUUUUAAGGACAAAUCAGGAGAAGUCCUAAGCCCUGCAGUUCCUGGUAUAUAUUCCUUGGAGAUAGAAGAAAACACAUCUUUGGAAUGUGGCAUAGCAUUUUCUCCCAAAGAAGUGGCAACAUAUGACUUCAGCAUUCAAAUUUAUAUUAAUUCCUUUAAGGCUUCAGAACUUUACACUGAAUAUUUGUCAACGAAAAAUUCUGAUUUGUCAAAGACCACACCACUUAUCAAACCAUGUUCUGUUCAAGCAACUGUAUUACAAGCACCAUUGAAUUUAUCCAGUACUGAGUUUGUAUUUCACAUUCCUUUACAUGAGAUGGAGGCUAAUAAAAAGGUCAACAAAACUCAGGAUCUUCUCUUACAUAAUAUCUCAAAACAAGAUGUACAAUGGACUUUGGAUUUUAGUGAUAAUGAUAAACCUUUCAAAAAUGGCACAUUUGAGUUUAGUAUACUGACUGGUCAUCUGCAACCAGAUGAAAAGUGUAAUGUUACCAUAACUUUCUGUCCAAGUGAGUGUAUAAAAUACACAGUUAAUAUUCCUAUGUAUUUAAAUGACAAUCCAGUUUGCUACAGAGUAUUAUGUCUGACUGGAGAGAUACAAUCACCAAAAUUAUUGUUUGAUCCACCAUUUAUAUUUUUUACUCCUGUUCCUUUGGAUGUAACAACUGGGAUGGAUAUCAACAUUUUACCCCAGAACUAUUUCAGAAGUUCAACUCUAAAUUUCCAGAUUCCUUCAGUAAGGCUUCUUGAUAAUGAUGAGAUUCACCCUCUUUCUGUGAUGUUUCGAAAAGGCAGAAUCAUCACAGGAUCCAACAAUGGAAUUAAUAAUGAGCUGUUUUGCCACCUCAGUUUCAAAUCAUCUAAACCAGUGUCAUUUUUCACCAACAUUCUUUUCUAUGAUGAUGGAGAUAACUGGUUUUCGCUUCCAGUUACAGCAACAGCAGAAAACUGUAUUCUUACUAUAUAUCCAUAUUUGGCAAUUCAUCUUGAUAAGCAAAAAAUUAUUUUAAAGGAUGAUAAAGAUGGAAAUCCUAUGAAGUCUAGAGGCAGUUUUAUGUUUCCCCACCAGGAUGUCGAAUUACCCUCUUCUGCUUCAAUAAAUAUGACAUCCACUGCUACUAAAUUUAAUGAUGCUGAACUUACAAGUGGAAACUUAUUUGUUGGAAUGGACACAUUACAAGAAGAUUUGGACUUUGAUGAAAGCAAAACACCAAAAAUGGCAGAUGAUGGAAAGGAGGAGAAAAAUGAGCAAUUCUUUUCUCUGGAAGAAGGAUCAAAGGCAUAUAACUUCUUUCAGAAGGUUGUAAAUGCAGCCCAGACAUGGUUCAGUCUCUUUGGCUGGCCUGAAGGACCUCAUUCUCUUUCCAUUCCAGAGACUAUAAGAAGGGAUGUACAAAAAAUACAGUUUUACUCAUCAACCUCAUCAUCCAAGAAAUAUGCCAGGCAGAAUGAUUUUACCAAAUAUAAUAAGACUAUUUAUGAUGUGCUGCUCCACUUGAGUGGAAGAAUGCCACCUGGAAUUAAUUCAAGUCAAUCUUUACCCAUGGAUAACCCUGAAAGAAUAACUCAACUUUAUUUGCAACAUUCCUCACUUCUGGAAUUUCUCAAUGCUCAGGGAGGAUGUAUUUCUCAUGUACUGCCAGAAUUUCUGCUUGAACCCCAAGAUUAUAAGAAGUGGCUUGAAAUAUCAUCUUCCAGUAAUAGCACACCUCUGAGUUCCUGUGCAUCUAAGGAAAAGUGUUCUGUUAUUAUAGAUAUGGAUAAGUUUGAGGACUGGAGUAAACGGGCAUGGACAGAUGUAUUUCUUCAAAUAUACAAGGUUCUGGUCCUAUCCCGAGUUACACCACAUUGUAGCAGUAAUGCACCCCACAUACAUGUGAAAAAUACACCAAAAAUCAAUCCUACUUUCAUAUCCAGCAAUAUAUAUUCUAGUUCUGAGAGGAUUCUGCUAAGUUGGUUAAACACAAAUUAUGAGAAUACUCGACAUAUUAUAUGGGAAAACUGUCAGAAAGAUUCUGUUCCCUCUGAAAGAUGGAUAGUAAAUUUUGACAAAGACCUUUUAGAUGGCCUUGUUUUGGCAGCACAGUUGGCAGCCUAUUGCCCAUUUUUGAUCAAGUCUCAUUUUGUAAAUAUGUACACACGACCAAGACGUCCUGAACAGUAUCUUCACAAUUGUCUGAUUAUUAUAAAUAGUCUUUAUGAAAUUGGCUUUGACUUGAACAUACAGGCCACUGACAUCUGUGAUCCAAAUCCAAUCCUGAUGCUCAUGCUUUGUGUCUAUAUGUAUGAAAGGCUCCCUACAUACCUCCCCAAGAAGGUGGUGCCAUUUCAUUGUACUCUCUAUGACACUGUAAUAAGACAGAUUGUAUUGAAAAAUUCAAGCAUGAAAAACUUAGUGUAUAAUGCUACAAUUGUUGGAAGAGAUGCUGCUGACUUCUCUCUUGACCAAGCAGGGAAUGUUGUGACUAUUUCUCCAAAAAACCAAAUUAAUAUCACUCUGAAAUUUACCAGUCGCUUCCUCCAUCCUGCUGAAGCUUCACUGCUCUUAAUUUCUAAAUCUAAGUGUGGAAUAGGAGGCGUUACAAUGACUUUUGCUCUAAAGGGUGAAGUCCUUGAUUUUAAAGCAAUUGAAAUUCUGAAAUGCAAAACUCCAUGUUAUCAAUGGAAGAAAGUUACUAUAAAUGUGAAAAACCCCUUCCCGACUGCUGGAGACUUUAGUGUCAUUUUGGUGGAAUCCACAACAUUUGUCUAUUUGCCAUCACAAUUAACUGAAUAUGGACAACACAUAAGCUAUGACAAAAGAUGUGAUGAUGCUCAGGACUCUUCCCAUAUCAAAAUGGGCUUAAAAACCUCAAUUAAAUCCAAUUUCAUCAGAGAGUUCUUCUGCUCUGUACAAAAUCUUUCCCUGGAAGGAAGAGGAUCUUCAAGCCUGGAGCUCUACUAUCUUCCAUUUGAUAUCCACAUACGCUACUGUGCCAUCAUCUUGCAUAACAAAGAGAUUGGAGAAUUAAUAUAUAUUGUGGAAGGAAAAGGAUUGAUCCCCUUGCCUUCCAAUUUUCUUCCAAUGAAGCUUUCAACUACCAUUAACUAUAGCAAUCCUCUAGGAGAAGAUUAUAAUAGGGAAGAUCCAGUUCUAUAUUUGAAAUGUGAACUCCGUCAAAUCCUAGAUGUAGACCUUAAAUUGCCACUGACUAAUGAAGCCAAGGAAAAGGCUUUGGCUUUUGCAGCACAACAACAGAUGUCAACUAUUGAGUAUGAGCGAAGGUUGAUCACAGGCACUCUGGAGAGCAGUAGCGUCCGUGUGGCCAUUGCCCUCCUGGGACUGACCAAAAUUGAGUCUCUUAUGCUGUUUAAUAUGUCAAAGUUGAAGAAGCCUAAGUCUAUUUUAUAUAGAACAGAACUGAGCCUUCCAGAACAUUUUGAUAUCCCUAGGAAAAUCUACAUACCUCAGAUUUCAGAAACUCAAGCUAAAUUGACUCAGCCUACAGGAUUUAUACCUUCAGAUACAACAGCUGCUGAUGGAUGUGUUUCAGUUCCUUUACGAUUUGCUCCUCUCAGUCCUGGCCGCUACCCUUGUAAAAUUUUGUUGACAUCAAGGUAUGAUGUACGUCUCUAUUGCGUUGAAGGUGUGGUAAAUGAAGAAUAUCCAGAGGCCAAAUUUGAGUUCCAGACACCAGCAUUUGAACCCCUUGUUCAGAAUAUUCCAAUAAAUAAUAAGACAAAGACUGAAUGGAAAUGUCAAGUUAACAUAGAAGGAGAAUGGUUUUAUGGACCUCCUAUUUUAUAUGUUGGACCAGGUGAAACUGUGCAAUACCCUCUCACAUUUAAACCUAUUUUGGAAUGUGAGAUUAUGGGUAAACUUAUUCUACAAAAUGAAGUAGAUGGUAUGGAGCACAUCUUUGACAUAAAAGGGAUUGGGAAAAAACCACUGGCCUUAGAACACAUCAGUGUUGAUUGUGAAGUGGGGAAUGUGACAAAUAAAUCCAUAAUGGUGCCUAAUUAUACAAGGACUACCAUAACAUUUAAGGUAUCAUCAGAUCUACCAAUAGUGUGGGGAAAUCCAUAUAUCACUAUAGACCCUGAUAAUUCAGUUCCAUAUAUUCUACAUGUGUGCCCUUGGAAACAUGGUAUAUUCAAAGGUAUAAUUUCAUUUUCUGUUAAAAGCAGAGAUGAUGUUGAGUCUCAGGAAGAGCCAGAUACAGAUCAAGAAUUCUCCAUUCAAAAGUCACCAUCAGAAAUAUCUCCCAUUUUUCUUGAGGAAGACUCAGAUGAUAAUUUUAGCAAUUUAAGAAUCUGGUAUCACCUUGAGAUCCAUAGCUCUCCUGGACCACCUCUAAGCACCAUUGAAAUGCAGUGUAUUGCUCUGGAGACUGUUUGCAUUGAAAUACCUAUCUCUAAUCCAAAAGAAAAAAUUAUCCACAUAGAUGUGAAAUUAACAAAUGAUGCCCUUAGUGGACUCCAGGAACUCACACUGAAUCCAUUAGAGUGUGUUAACUAUAUUGUCUGGUAUUCUCCAGCAACAACAGGCUAUAAAGAAGAAAGCAUUAUUUUCCAGCCUGAAAUGGGAGAAGAGUUCUGGUAUUUACUGAAAUUAACUACUGAACUUCCAAAAACAAACACAAUACCAGAAAUACAAUGUGACCUUGGAAAGUAUGUCAUACAGACUAUUCCCUUAUAUAAUCCUACACACGAAACUUUAGAACUUCAAGUAACAAACAGUAAUCCUGAAAAUUUUGUCCUGGAAAUUGACAGAAGAUCACCACUGAUUAUACUUCCUCACUCUACCACAGAGAUAUCUGUUUAUUUUUAUCCUUCUGCACUUGGAAGAGCUGGUCAUGAAACUUGUAUCAACUUUGGAUGCGCUCAGUUUAAAGAAUGGAAAUUCUGCCUCUAUGGAUUAGGACUACUCCCCCAGCCUGUAGACACAGAAAAAAUAACCACCCCUCUUGGUCUUCAGUCAUCUUUCAUUAUUCCUUUCAAAAAUCCCACUGAGGAAGAUGUUGUCAUCAACAUCAUGUUAACAAAUCAUGAACAGCUCAGGCAUCUUCUCAUCGACCAGCGUUGGGAUAACUUCAUCAAUGAGAAUUCUGCUUUCCAGUUUAAUUCUCUGAGUCAUAUACAAGGAAUUGCAUUACCACCUAAAGGAAAUAUAGAUAUCCCAGUGUUAUUUAUGCCCAAAAUUAUGAAAUUAUGCAAAACAAUGGUCAUUGUUCAAAUGAUGAGAGCAAAUGGAGAAAAAUGGCAUAUUGACAAUUUUGAUGAAUUGGAUACAGAGAUUAAAAGAUCUAUGGGAGUAGACAAUCAAGAAAUCCAAACAAUACAGUGGAUAUACCCCUUUAUUGGACUCCCACAGGCACCAUUCCCUAAAAGUCCUUCAGUUGUCAUAAAAUGUCAAUCCAGGAAGCGAGUAGAAGAGAAGGUGGAAGUCACACUUAUUGGUGAUUUUUUUGGACCAAGUCCUGCCCCAGAAUUGACAGAAUUUUUAGUGCUUCCAAAAAGAAAUUCAUAUAGUAAUGCUUUUGAAGAUUUCAUUGCAAUUCCUAAACUACGUGAAUUUGAAUAUGAAAUAGAGUUUGAAAAUGAAGUUAUGAAGUCUAACUUGGAAUCCUGUUUGGCUUUAUAUUUGAUCAAAAAAAGUUAUAAUAUCAAACACCAAAUGAUAUCAUUGGUCUUCAAUCUGACAUUUACACCAAAGAAACCAUUGAGGUCUCAUAUUACACUGAAAAUAGAGUGCUUAACAGAUGGAAUCUGGAAGUUUCCCAUGCUGUUGAUUGCUACUAAGCCUGAAGUGGAUGAUGUCAUUGACAUUGAAGGAAUUGGUUUACUUAAGGAAUCUACUACUGACUUUAGACUGACAAGUCAGACAAGAUAUUCUGAGCCAUUCACUGCAUACUUCCUACCUGGCAGUGAUCCGGAGUUUUUUGUAAAACCUCAGUCUGGAGAACUUCCUCCUUAUAACACUAAAGGAAUCCUCAUCGUUGUAGGAUUUAAACCCCGAAUGUACAGUAAGAAAUACAAAGCAACAUUAGUAAUAGAGACAGAAGAUAUGUACUGGUUGUAUGAAAUCAAUGGGUUACCCCCAGCAAGCACAUCACUGAUAAAUGUAAAAGCCAAAAUCGAUUCUACUAACAAGAGAUAUGACAACAUGCCAAUUCGUCAGCACAAUUUUGUCCGUGAAAAUACUAAACUCAUAAGAACAGGAGUAUCUUCUACAAUCAAGGGUGCUCCUUUGAUGAUGAAGAAUAAAUAAAAUCUUUUUUCAAAACAUUUCUUGGUCUCAAGUAGAAUUAAAUAUUUUCAUGAUAUUUUAUCUUCUGGAAUAUUUCUGAGGAAUAAUGGUUUAAUUAUAGUAGGCCUUCAAUAUUUUCUUGUCUUUUAAAAUACUGACUUAAUAUGUUCUCUGAAUAUGUCAUACUUCAUUUCUGAGCUGUCUAUGUUUUUUAAAAUGGACUUGGGUUGCAAAUUUUGGAGUUGGUUUACUUUUUUAAGUGCAGGAGUACAUUUGUAGUAAAACCGGAACAUGAUUUUAGUGAUUACAAUAUUUCAAAUAUUAGUGUUGCUAUUAAAGCUCAAUUGCUCAUGUA